AUGGAUUUCCUUCCCUUGGAUAAGAGAAUGGGUUCAGUGGGAUUCUUGACAGGGCAGCCUUUGCGUUACUACGGCUCUUGGUCUCUUUCCUCUCGUACUAUGCCUGUUGAAAGUUCCUUGCCUUUUCCCUCUCCCUCCGACAUACAAACGGCGUUGGAGGCACGCCGUAAAUUUGAGUUCUUGGACGGCACUAUCACUCAACCGCAACCUCUUGGUACAAAGUCCGAUUGGACUGCAAUUAACGCCAUGUUAAUAUCUUGGAUCACAAAUACCAUUGAUGCUGAUGUUAAAUCUUCCUUGUCAAAAUUUAAGGAGGUCAAACCCUUUUGGGAUCACCUUAAAAGGAGGUUUGCGCAGACUAAUGGACCACGAGUUCAACAGCUUCGGUCUUCCCUAGCUAAAUGUGAACAUACCAAAACCAUGUCAGUGUCCGUAUAUUACAGAAAAUUACAUGCUCUAUGGCAAGAAUUGGAUCAUCAUGAGCCCCUGAUUUCUUGUACUUGUUGCUCCGGUUGUACGGCAGGUCGUUUACAUGAGGUUCGUCGUGAGCAAUCUAAACUUCAUGAUUUUCUGAUGGGUUUGUAUUCCGAGUAUUACUCUUCGUUGCGGACUAAUAUAUUGUCUCAAGAUCCGUUACCAAGUCUUGAUAGGGUUUAUCAGCUUGUGAUUCAAGAGGAGCGUGUUCGUACGGCCAAACACGAAUCCGAGACACAGCCGACCGAGGCUCUUGGAUUUUCGGUUCGUGCUACUGCAGGACGGGGUUGUGGUUCUGCAGAUCGUCCUGUGUGCUCACUUUGCAAGAAGGUAGGACAUGUGACUGAAAAGUGUUGGUCACUUUUGGUGUGCUCUCAUUGCAAGAAGCGUGGUCAUGAUGUUAGUAAGUGUUAUGACAUCGUGGGUUAUCCCGAAGGGUGGACUGAAAAGAAUGGCAGGCUGUCUUCCGCUGGUCAAGGUUGUGGCUUGCUGCGUGCAACUGCCACGCCCGACAGCACCUCCACGCCUUCACCCGUGGCAAAUUGUGUAACAACCGCAUCAAAUAACGCUGUUGUGGGUCAGCACUUUACUUCUGAUCAAUGGAAGGCUAUUACGGACCACUGA